AUGAAUGACCUUAAAGAUGGUCAAGAUGAGGUCAAAGUAGUGGUAUCUGACGCAAUGGCAAAGAACUCCAGACAGUUAUUAAAUGCUCAUGUGUACAAUUAUUUGAUUGUGAAUGAAAGAUUUGACACCGCAAGACAGUUUUUACUGGAGGCAGAUGUGCCAGUUUUUGAGGAGAGAAACAGGUCCAAUGAAGAAAGGGUACGACGAAAACAGGAAUUGAAUGGCGAUUUGCUGCCGGCGAAAAUGUUGAUGGAUUGCAAAGAGACAUUUUUAUAUGAAUGGUGGGAAUCUUUUGACAGUUUGCAGAAAUUUGUGGAUAAUACGCCGUCAGAGACUUUUAAGAGCAGAAAUUCACUAAGUGAACCCAUUGUGCCAUUGGCCGCACCUAAUAAUAUGAGUACUUACAAUAUGAUGGGGAUGAGGACGCCGCAGGGCCCUCCUCCAUCGUCAAUGCCCAGAAAUACGGGUUCUAUGCCACAUCAGGUGCCCUCCGUUUCGAAUAAUGCGAGCCCGAGUUUUAUACCAAAUGGUCCGUAUGCGAAUUUUGAAGUCAACGAAGAUGGCACACCUAAUUUUUAUUCACAGGACAAUGCCGUAUUUUCAAGGCAGCGGUAG